AUGAACGGCUACGGCUCCCCCUACCUGUACAUGGGCGGCCCGGUGUCGCAGCCGCCGCGGGCGCCCUUGCAACGCACGCCAAAGUGCGCGCGCUGCCGAAACCACGGGGUGCUCUCCUGGCUCAAGGGCCACAAGCGCUACUGUCGCUUCAAGGACUGCACCUGCGAGAAGUGCAUCCUGAUCAUCGAGCGGCAGCGGGUGAUGGCGGCGCAGGUGGCGCUGCGCCGGCAGCAGGCCAACGAGAGCCUGGAGAGCCUCAUCCCGGACUCGCUGCGGGCUCUGCCAGGGCCCCCGCCGCCGGGGGACGCCGCGGCCACCGCCGCCACCGCCUCGCAGUCCUCUCCAGCCUCCCAGGCGUCCCAGCCGCCGGCGCCGCCUCGUCCCGCCGCGGAGUUGGCCGCGGCCGCCGCGCUGCGCUGGGUCGCUGAGCCCCAGCCCGGGACGCUGCCGGCGCAGCUAGCGAAGCCAGAUUUGACUGAAGAGCGACUUGGCGACAGCAGUUCAGCGGACAAUGCUGCGGAGGCCUUCAGCGACAAAGACACCGACCAGAGGAGCUCCCCAGAUGUUGUCAAAAGCAAGAACUGCUUCACACCCGAGAGCCCCGAGAUCGUGUCCGUGGAUGAAGGUGGGUACGCCGUGCAGAAAAACGGGGGCAACCCCGAGAGCUGCCCCGAGAGCCCCAAGUACCACGCUGAGCAGAGCCACCUCCUGAUCGAGGGCCCGUCGGGGACCGUCUCUCUGCCCUUCAGCUUGAAAGCCAACCGGCCACCCCUGGAAGUGUUGAAGAAAAUCUUUCCCAACCAGAAGCCCACUGUACUGGAGCUCAUCCUGAAAGGCUGCGGGGGCGACCUGGUCAGUGCUGUGGAGGUCCUGCUGUCCAGUCGCUCCUCUGCGGCUGGGGCGGAGCGGACGGCCGAAGAGAGCCUGGUGCUGCCCUCCAGCGGCCAUAUCUUCGAACACACGCUGGGCUCCUACCCUAUCUCUUCCUCCAAGUGGUCGGUGGGCUCUGCCUUCCGAGUCCCUGACACCUUACGCUUUUCCGCGGACUCCAGCAACGUGGUCCCCAACCCCUUGGCCGUGCCCCUGCAACAUCCUUUCCCCCAGCCACCCCGGUACCCGCUGAUGCUGAGGAAUACUUUGGCCAGAAACCAGUCGAGCCCCUUUUUGCCCAAUGACGUCACCCUGUGGAACACCAUGACCCUGCAGCAGCAGUACCAGCUGAGGUCCCAGUAUGUCAGUCCAUUUCCCAGUAACUCCACUAGCGUCUUCCGGAGCUCGCCCGUGCUCACCUCCCGCACCACAGAGGACCCUCGGAUCUCCAUCCCCGACGAUGGGUGUCCAAUCGUGACAAAGCAGUCCAUCUACACAGAGGAUGACUAUGAUGAGAGGUCUGACUCCUCGGAUUCUAGAAUACUCAACACGUCGUCGUAA